AUGAUAAAAUGGAGUGUAAAUGCAAAAAUUAUUACAGGUUCUUCUGUUGGGAACUCUCAAACAAAGCCAAAAGAUAUUUAUUAUACUAUUAAAAUAUUUACAAUAUUUUGACCAUAUCCUUUGUUUUAUUUGUUUUGUAGGAUCAGUCAUAUUCUAGCAACUUCAUAGUUAUUGGUAACCAGAAGACUGCUAAAUUUAUUUAGAAGAAAAUAUAUCUUGUGAAUUUCUUUAUUGACCUUAUUUAAAGGGAAGGGACAGGCAAGCAGUAGUCAAAAAUAGAUUGAUAAUUUCUAAAGUAAAUGGAUCUCAAGACAGAUGUGGACAAGAUUGUCCUGCAGAAAUUUAUGUUAUGAAAAUUUUAUCCAAAAAACUCCGACCAUGGCGGGUGGUUUGUUUUCCAUUGAUCGUGAUUAUUUUGAAGAAUUGGGAAAAUAUGACGAAGGAAUGGAUAUCUGGGGUGGAGAAAAUUUAGAACUUUCUUUCAGGAUAUGGAUGUGCGGUGGUACUUUGGAAAUUGUGACCUGUUCUCAUGUAGGACAUGUUUUUCGUAAAUCCACUCCAUACACAUUUCCAGGAGGUACUAGCAACAUCGUCAAUCACAAUAAUGCCCGUCUUGCUGAAGUAUGGUUAGAUGAGUGGAAAGAUUUUUAUUAUGCUAUAAAUCCAGGUAAACUAUGUCUUCAAAUUAUUACAAAAUAAUUUUCUCUGUCAUUAAUGAUAAACUUAUACAAAAUAUUAUAAAAACAGAAACUUUAUUUUAAUUGUAUAUGCAUUUUUAAA